GCAGGACGACACUUUGAACAAAGCGGCAAAGACUGCGGAGAGAUUGCGAUACCUAUAGAAAAUGGAAAGACUCGGAAGGCCGCUUAAACUUGAAGGGCUGGGAACCACGGGGACUGCUCGGAAAUUCUAGCUGGAGUCAGGACUCAACAAGCGCCCACUAGUCAUGAGGCUUCGGGCCCGGAUCCUCGUUGCAGACCUUGAAAUAGAGUUGCACUCCAUCGGUAGACAUUGCCACUCACCACCAUCAUUAACUAUGCCCACAGCAACAAGACUGCUCUAUCAACACCUCAUGGAAGUCGACAGUGGACAGCUGUCGGCCCAUAUUAUACCUGAAUCCAACUUCGUCGAAGAGCAACAUCAGUUGAGCAGUCUGUUAGAAAGGAACGAGGGACGUGCCCUUGGCCUUGCUGGCGGAUUUGCGCUCACUGGAGAGCUCGCGAUGCUUGCUAUCGCCGACGCAUCCACUAUUAUCAUUAUCGAGUUCGAGUUGAAGAAGAACAAGGGCAACGAACACGAUGAACGCCCUGUCACACCCACCAGUGAGAGAGGCAACACCGCUCGGGAGUUUUUGACACAGAACCUCCUUCGUCGCACAACCGGAUUCUUAUACGCUUUCGAUGUCGCUUCGAUCGUUCUGGCUCUAUUUCAAACACUUGAUCUUCGAAUCGCAAAUGCGAUCGAUAUACAGAGCGUAUCGAAAACACGUGUCCCACUCACCAUUGUUAAACAAGCCGUUGGUGAUCUUCAUCGUGUACACGAUGUGAACAUCAACGGAGUUUUCUGCGAUGAUACUAUCAAUCAUCUGCCUGUGGCCUCUGCCGCUAAGAAAGAUGGCAUUACUCCACUUGCACUACGUGCAUGGAUCGCACACUAUCUAUCACAACUCUCAAGCAUGGAAGAUCGUCUCGCGCAAGUGCCCCCGGUGGAUACCUUCCGGCUCUCUGACGAAGCAUUAGAGUUUCUCGGGAAGAGCUCGAAGGAUUCGUUCCAGCUCGAGCAGAAGAAGCCGGCCGAGGUCACGCGCCAGUUUGUUACUUCUGUCGACCAUAGGAACAACCGCAUCCAUGCCCAAGUCGACAGAUAUCAGAACAAAAUCCGCAAGAACCAGCAUCAGCAUGCAUUCAUUGCUAUCGGUGGGCGCGACGGGCUGGGCUUCACUAUCGACGGGCAGAUCGGCAGGUCUCAGGGUCGCACCGCCAACCUUGCUACCACCAACAGUCUCAGUUUAGUCGGCAAGAUCAUAGGCUCGAUCAAGAUUGUCGGCCGUGAAGACCCUACUCAGGCUGAGAGCCAGCGUGCUCAAAAGGUUCUAGAGAUCCUCCAAGGUCUCAUCAACCUUGAGCACGACAACCCAUGGGUUCAGCUCAUAUUAUUUUCCUCUCCAAAAGAUGACUUCCAAUGGCCCUCCGCCUGGACGGAGGAGGCGAACGAUGCGGAUAUUGUCAGAUACCGUGCCGACCGUGUCAGUCGCCCCCUCAAUCCAUCUCAGACGAAAGCUGUGAAGCAAAUGCUUCAGCAGUCAAAUGACAAGCGUCUCACUGUCAUCCAGGGGCCCCCUGGAACCGGUAAGACCACUGUCAUUGCUUCAUUUGUUCAGACCGCCCUUGCCGGUGGACUCUCUGGCAUCUGGCUCAUUGCACAAUCCAAUGUUGCCGUCAAAAACAUUGCCGAGAAACUCGCUGACAUUGGCCUGACCAAAUGGAAGCUUCUCGUCUCAAAGGAAUUUUUCGAGUACUGGUCAGUUCUUUCACUAGCGGAUUUUUUCCCCUUUAGGCAGACUGACACAAUCUAGGCACGAGCACCUCUAUGCAAACAUUCGGGCCAAUAUCAUCAUAUCGGAGGACUUCAAGGCUCCAAAUUUCUUUCAGGAGCUGCGAAACAGCCCGGUCAUUCUCUGUACUCUCUCAAUGCUUUCAUCUUUUGCUCUUCGCAUGCAUGGAGGUUUCGAAGCCGCGCCACUCAGGACCCUCGUCAUUGA